AUGUCGCUCGAGUACCGGCCGUUGCGAGCCGACGAGACACGGCUUCUGACCCUGUCGAGAUGUCAUGCGACGAGCCUCUGUGACGCUGGCCCCGGUCUCGACGACGUGAGCCUCGCCUUCACGACCGUCUCCAUUACAGCCGUCUCCAUCCCGCCCUUUACUGCCCUCUCCUAUGUCUGGGGAGAUCCAUCAGACACCGUGCAGCUCGAAUACUCAGGUGGCUCACUAUGUGUGACGCGCAACCUCCAUGCCAUCUUGGGCUGCCUCGCAUCCUCGCUGGCCCUCGACCAUGAGCCCGCUCACCUCUGGAUCGAUGCCAUUUGCAUCGACCAAGCCAGACUAGACGAGCGCGCGGCCCAGGUCCCUCACAUGCGACAAAUCUACUCGCGCGCCCGCUCUGUUCUCGUCUUCCUCGCCACCACAUCGGCCCCAUAUGAGCUUGGCUUGAGCUUUCUCGGCCAGGCCGCCCAGCACCCGACGUGGCAUUACGAGCCGUCACUGGAGCCGCGCAUCACGGUGCAGUCGGGGCUGGAUGCUCAUUCAGAGGCUCUUCGCGAUUCCGUCAUUGCCAUCUUCGCCGCGCCCUGGUGGACCAGGGUCUGGACUGUGCAGGAGUUUGUGCUCGCGGGGCGCGUCACUUUUCGCUGUGGGCGUGCCGGAAUUGACGGAGAGAGCAUGCUAGCUGCGUCUGAGAACCUGAAAGACCACGAGAGUGGGUGCUGUUGGGCGGCCAGGCAUGAGGCAGACGGAAGCUCGAGAGGGUAUAUCCACAUCCCUAGCACCCCAAACGCCGGCAUGUCACUGUUCCAGGCGAUAAUAAGGCUGGACCAGUUGCAAGUCAUGUGCAAUGCCGAAGCCUACGACGCGAGAAGCCUGCUGGGGGCACUCUCCAUGUUUCGCACGCGCGAGUGCACCGAUCCUCGCGACCACAUCUUUGGCAUGCUUGGGCUGGAUCUGGGAGACCAAGAUCAAAGCCUGCGGUCCCGGGUGCGAGUCGAUUACACUGCUCCCGCGACCGAACUGUUUCAAGACGUGGCCACUGCCAUGAUUCAAACGUCGGGAAACUUGGACGUGCUGAGCCAUGUCUGCCAAUACUCCAGUCUACGAGGCCGACUCGAAGGACUGCCGAGUUGGGCUCCGGACUGGACCGCGACUGUCGACGAAACCUUCCAUCACCGGUACUCGGAGCGCACCCGGCGCACCGUCCUGGCGAAGGCAUCAGGGGACUCGAAAUCAGCGUGGAAUGUCGUCAGCCCGGGCAUGAAGAAGCGUUCCAAGGCUGGCGCGCAUGGUUCACCGACGAAGACGCGCAGAAUCUGCGAGAAGGCAUUAGACAAGAUGUCCGAGGGUUUGACGAUCUCGCAAGGUCGAUGA